GAUUAUCCAAUCCUAUAUGGUCGAUGUGAUGAUCUCAAGAAAGAUAAACAUGAACUCUUCGGUGGAAACCAGUGGAAGCUUUGUAUAACAAACAGAAAGGCUAAGAAUUUCAAGACAAAUAAAACCGAAAAGCAACUUUAUUCAAGGUGCAUGAUUUGA